CGUUUUUCUGCCGGCUAUAUCCAACACAUCUGCUGAUGCUGCACCUCGUUUCAACACCAAACUGUCAAAGGUGCCCGCCUGCACCACCAAACACGCCAUCGACAUCCAACAGCCAUACACACACAACGCCUGUGCCCGCCCACACGCGAUCACGGCGCAGCAACACACACAAUGGCGGACUCGGGCAUGCUCCUCAACUUUGACAUUGGCGACGAGCCCUUGAAGCGACAGGUCAAAUACACCGGCGGCCGAUGGCGCGACCGCCUCAACGCCCAGCGCAACGCAAAGACGGGUCGCUCCGGCCCGUCCUCGGGCAGCAACGACACACCCGUCAACACCGACCGGCGGAGGAGCACCGGAACAGCAGGGGCGGAUGACCAGCAGCGACCAGCGAAGCGGCAGCGGACCUCGGACGGGUCGACGAUACCACCACCACACCGAGCGGCUGCGAACUCCAACAACCCUGGCGCGCACGGCGCAGGCGACAAGACGGGGCCCAACAGAUUCGCCGGCAAGCCCCCCGGCAGCGUGACGUCGAGGCUGUUCACGUCGAACCCGGUGGCCAAGACGGUCUUUGAGGACGAGUCCAAGGACGGGGCAGAGGACGCCGAGCCCGCGAAGCCUUCGAACGCGCCGCUCUCCGAGGAGGCGGCCAACUUCCACGCGCUCGGCCUGUCGCGGCGCAUCGCCCAGCACCUCUCGUCCAAGCUGGAGAUGAAGGCGCCCACGUCGAUCCAGAAGAACGCCAUCGCGCCGCUCGUCAAGGACGACACGGACGCCUUCCUGCAGGCCGAGACGGGCUCCGGAAAGACCCUGGCGUACCUGCUGCCGAUCGUGCAGCGCAUCUUGGCGCUCAGCCACGACCAGGACGGGAAUGCGACAGGCGUGCAGAUCCACCGCGACUCGGGCCUGUUUGCGCUGAUCCUGGCGCCCACGAGAGAGCUGUGCAAGCAGAUUGCGAACGUGCUGGAGAAGCUGCUCCGGUGCACGCCGUGGAUUGUGAGCGCGACGGUCAUGGGUGGGGAGAGCAAGAAGGCGGAGAAGGCGCGGCUGAGGAAGGGCGUCAACAUCUUGAUUGCGACGCCCGGCCGGCUGGCUGAUCAUCUCGACAACACAAAGGUGCUGGAUGUGGGCACUGUGCGGUGGCUCGUCCUCGACGAGGGCGAUCGCCUGAUGGAGCUGGGGUUCGAAGAGGAGCUGAAGAGCAUCGUCGCCAAGAUCAGGGCCGAGGAGCUCAAGACGGAGAACAAGGACGGCGUCAAGUUUGACGUGCUUCCGCAGCGGAGAGUCACGGUGCUGUGUUCGGCGACGAUGAAGAUGAACGUGCAGAAGCUUGGAGAGAUCAGUUUGCAGGACGCCAUCCACGUUACGGCGUCCAAAGCGGAUGGCGACGAUGCGGUCGAGGCGAACGACGCCAUCUUCCAGGCUCCGGCGCAGCUCAAGCAGUCCUUCUUGAUUGUGCCGGCAAAGCUGCGACUGGUGACGCUGCUUGCGUUGUUGAAGUCGUCGUUUGCGAGGAAGGGAUCUGUCAUGAAGGCCAUUGUCUUCUUCUCUUGUACAGCGUCUGUCGACUUCCACUUCGACCUGAUACGUUCGACAACUGCCAAGUCUUCAAGCGACGACAAGACCCACACGGUCGGCACUGUUGCUGAUGCAGCCUACAUCACGGGACCGGCCAACACGACAGUCAAGCUUUCCAAGCUACAUGGAUCUCUGCCUCAACCUGUACGAACCGCCACUCUCGCCGCGUACCGAGACUCGAAAGAACCUUGCGUCCUCCUCACAACAGACAUUGCAUCCCGCGGUCUCGACGUGCCAGCUGUCGACCUCGUCAUCGAGUACGAUCCGGCAUUCUGCGUUGCCGACCACGUCCACCGCGUCGGUCGUACCGCUCGUGCCGGCCGGAACGGCAAGGCUGUCCUCUUCCUCCAGCCCGGCUGCGAGGAGGGCUACAUCAAGCUCCUCAACGCCACCAACUCGACCACCACAUCCUACGAACCCAUUCUGCAGAAGGGCUUCAUCACGCCAGUCGUGCUGCCCAAGGACGACCCGUCCGCCGCCGAACCACCGACACUCGUCACGGAGAAGCAGUCGCCCAAUGCCCGCGCCGAGGCUCUCCAGCUGCACAUUGAGCAGCGCCUGCUCGCCUCGGACAAGGAAGGCACCGGCAGCAACAGCAUCGGCGGCAACCCGAAGCUUCUCGACGCCUCGCGCAAGGCAUUCCGCGGCCAGAUCGCCGCGUACGCGACGCACGUCCGCGAGGAGCGCGAGCACUUCGACAUUGCGGAGCUGCAUCUCGGCCACACGGCCAAGAGCUUUGGCCUGCGCGAGGCGCCCGGCGGGAUCGGCAUGGGGCCGACAGCAAAGAGGAGGAUACACAAGACUGGUGACAAGAAGGGCAGUGGUGAUGGUGGGAAGCGGGCGAGCACUGGUGGUGCCCGCGGUGGCGCUGGCAAAGACAGCGAUGAUGAGGGUGCGCCUGGUGGUGUGGACGCGGAUGCUGCUCGGAGGAUGAAGAUGAAGAUGAUGGCGGCGAUGAAUGCGGCGAGCGAGUUCAAUAUUGGUUAGCGAUGGGCUGGCAAGACGGUUUUGUGGUGUUGCCUCAGCGGAAGCAACGGGAUAAAAAAAGGCAUAGCGAAAUUGAAUUUGAAGUAUGACACA